AUGAUCGCUAAUGGGUGCGCGCAACAGCCUGGACCACUGAGCAAAUCUGCAGAGGUCUGCAUCGGUGGCGUCUCAACGCGGCUGAUCGCCACGGCAUACGCCAACCGGAUUUUUGUCGUGGUGUCUCAGCGAGAGAACCUCGGCACGCUCAUCUCGGCGACGCGAGAGAGCGCGACGGGCCUGGCGACUGGGCUCCCACGCGACAGUCUCCUUGGCGGCGCUGCCAGCUCGGGCGGGUUACCGGGCACCCGGCCAGCGGAUCUCCUGCUCGCCCUCAACCUGCUCGACAGCUCUCGCGCAACCUUUCACGAGGUGAUGCGCGCGCUCGACGCGAUCAAGGUCUGGUGA